GCAGAAACAUCCACAGAAGACUCCACGAAGACCAAUUUCGCACAUGGCCGCGCGCUACAUGAUAGAAGCAUUCGGCUUCUGCAGGUGAAACCGGAUUCUCGUUCGAAUAUGUUAGUGGUUGAGUUUGCGGAGCAAAAGCUCAAGGGGGCAAGCUUCGAAGCACUUUCGUACUUCGAUAUCCGGACUGCCCUCGAAGCCGCUUUGCAAGAAAGGCGCUACCGCAAUUCCCGCAUGCUCUUGUGGGUGGAUCAGAUUUGUAUAAAUCAGUCCAAUGACCAGGAGAAAACACACCAAGUUCGCAUGAUGCCGGAAAUAUAUGCCAAAGCAGACAAAGCCAUCGUUUGGCUAGAGAGUCAGCAACUCCAGGACAUUAUUGGGGUCGAUCUUGCGAAUAAUCUGUAUGGUAGGCGAAACGGCAAGCAUUAUGAGCCUGAAAAAGGUAUCUACGACUUUCACAAUUUCGAAUGUAAAUCCAAAGGGGUGCCAACCCCGCCGUUCGAUCCCACUUGGACCGUACGCUUCAAGAUUCUCGGAAACCCUUAGUACGGUCGAGUAAGGAUCAUCCAGGAAAUUUCUCGUGGCUUAAAGAUCGGUGAUAUGGAAAGGAUCGUUAAAUAUAGAUACAAAUGUGAUACUUUGGUCAGCUAGGCUCGUUGGACGUCACAGAAACAUUUACGAAAAUUUCGACGUCACGAUGGCCAGUCCGCGAAAUUCCGCACUCAUGGCUCGUAAUACUGCAGCAAGUUACUUUGAAUACAAAAGAAAAAGCCCGCUCGCGCUUUACGAUAUGCUGUUUAGGCACUCUAGUAUGGGAGCCACAGACCCCCGCGAUCGAGUUUUUGCACUCGCUGGUGUUUCGCAUGGACGAGCAAUUAUACCACACGUGGGAACGCGCUCCACAUCACUGGAAAUA